AGAAACACUACAGCGGAAGAAACGUUCCGAUCUCCAUCGUGAAGACGCCGAACGGACAGAAAAUGCCAUAGAGAUCAUAAAAACAAGUGGUUUAACAACACGUUUUAUUUACAAAUUUACACAGAAACGUGCUCAGAAUAUUUUAUAUACACUAACAUCAUGGCUAGAGGGUUUAUUGACUGUCACUGUCACCUGUCAGCAAAUGAGUUUACACAGGAUAUAGAUGAUGUCCUUUUGAGAGCUAAAAAGGCUGGACUGAAAGCUCUUGUGUCAGUUACAGAGGGAGCCAGUGAGUUUGAGAAAGUUAUUCAGCUGUCAGAAACCUAUCCUGGUUUUGUGUUCCCUUGUUUUGGCAUUCAUCCCCUUCAAGGAUCAGGGCAAGACUGGCAUAGUGUCAAGAUUCGGGACUUGGAGCCAUUCCUUCCUUUGUUCCAGAAGUACAGAGCUGAUAUUGUUGCAGUCGGGGAGAUUGGUCUUGAUUUUACCCCCUGGUUUGCAAAUACUGCUCAAGAGCGUGAUGAGCAGAUAAAAGUCUUCAUAAAACAACUUGAAAUAUCUAAAGAACUGGAUUUGCCAGUGAAUGUACAUUCCCGCUCAGCAGCCAAGGUUACCAUAGCCACAAUGAAAGAACUAGGUAAGAGAUUACAAAGCAUUAUGUCUCUGUGA